CUUCAUUUCCUCGUCGGAUAGGAUUGCUGCGCGCAAAGCUGUUUUAGACAAUCGCAUAUACUCUCGUUACCUAUACUCAACUUCUUUUAUUAUUACUAUAAUACCCUUUCAAUUAAUUACCCACUUACACCCACCACACUACUUCCUCAACACCAACCACCAAUUAACCCCGCAUACUCCCUCCCCUCCUUCAAAUUCCACACCACAAUAGACCAUACAUAUAUACAUUACUACAAGAUAAACGCACUUAAAAUGGGCGACCACGUCCUCUUCUUCUACGGAACCCUAAUGGCCCCUCCCAUCCUGCACCGCGUAACCCACGGCCACGCCACUCCAGAACCAUGGCAAAAGGCUCUCCUGACAAUCAAGCCUGCAAUUCUGCAUGGCUAUCGACGCCAUCGCGUCCUGUAUGCGGAUUAUCCGGGUAUUAUACCUACCACAUUAUCUUCUUCUUCAUCUGGUGCAGUUGAUGGUGGUGAUACGGCUGCUGCUGGAGGUGAGGCAUCUGUGCUGGGAACAGUAGUGUGGGGAUUAACAGACGGGGACGUGUAUCGGUUGGAUCGGUUCGAGGGGAAUGAGUAUGAGAAGAGGGUGGUUAGGGUGAGGGUUCUAGAGAAUCAUCAUCAGACUGAGGGUGAUAACAGGGAGAUACAAGAGGUGUUAGGCGCAGCGGAGACAGAGGGCAGCAGUGAGACCAAGGAAGGGGAGGAAGUAGAGGCCGUUACGUAUGUGUGGACUGCUGGAAAGGAGCGGUUAGAGGAUGCGGAGUGGGAUUUUGAGGCGUUCAAGAGGGAUAAGAUGGCGUGGUGGGUGCAGGCGGAUGAGAAGGAUUGGUAGGUAGUAGAUAUAGAAUAGUUUCAGCUGGGUAGA